UUCAUCACUUUACUAAUGGUAUUAUCAUUUCCUACAAUUUUUGUAAACAGGAGAGUGUCCCACUUUAAAAAUCAAUUUGCCAUGCACAAUUUUACACUCGUAAGACAUGCAUGUUAUAACAGUAUAAUGAGAAAAUUAGAAUUGUUGUCUGUAAUUGUAUUCAAAUUUACUAUAAUUUACUAUAAUUUUAACAAUUGGAGCAUGAAAGGUUAUUCAGAAUAUAUAACGCAUCGAAAACGUUAAAAUAUCUUAUUGUUGAAAUGUGAGGUAAACAGACAAAUAAAAAAAUGCUGAAAAUUUCGUUGCUGCUCAGUGUAUUUGUUGACAUGAUUCUUUGUGAAAUUUAUCCAGUUCAUUCCAAGACAAUUACAAGCCAAGCAUCAUCUUGUAAAAAUCCACCUCUAUGUUAUUUAUCGGAUACAUAUAAGAGCGAAUCAAAAAAUAUACUUUUACCUUAUAUAAAUUCUCACAAUUAUGGCAGGCAACAGUCAAAUCUUCAACGUAGUUACUAUGGUGGAUUUGACUCGUCCACUUUACCAGCUUAUUACUCGGCUUUCGAUCCUAUUAGUAUAUUAGCGUCAUUAGCAUUUUUAGCAUUUCUAUUGCAAUCAUUCGCUUCACUCUUUGAUCGUUCGAGGUCAAUUUUGCCAACGAUAAUUAGUGGCCGACAAUCAACUAUAGAUUUAACUAUUCCAGAAAUUUCGAAACAUAUGUCACGCGCUUUGCAGGAAUACGAAAAUCUUAAUGAAGAUUUAGAAAAUAAUUGAAAAUAAAAAUACUGACAACUUUUUGCUAUUUACAUGAUACAAUUUUACAUCAAGUCUUAUCGUUUCUUAUUGUACAAUUGAUUUUUAAAAUUUUCUUUGCGAUGAAAAUACAAGCAAUCGACAUAUUGUGCACACAAUAGAAAUUUUAUUCCGUUUCAGACGAAAUUUCUUUUGAUUAAUCUUGAGUAACUUUUUAAAGCUAUAAUUGCAUCACACAUGUAUACGAGUGCAUAAAAUGUAAUAAAAAAUUUA